ACACAAACACAGAGAGCAGGAGAGAGUGAGAGCAGCUGUACGGGCUUUAAAUACCUUUAUUUUAUAAUUAUCAGGGAUUAUAGUUCCUCCUGGGAUGUUCGGUUCUGAUCUGGAAUGACGACGUCGCCGAGAUAUCAGAGCUCCAAAUCGACAGUUAAGAAAGCAGACAUGGAGUUCCAGACGCCGGUGGUUUCGGAGAAGUUCCAGAGCCGCUUCGGAUGGAGGUCCAACAAAAACGAGAGCGAACCGGGACUGAGGGUGAAUUGUUCAGACAGCACGGAGGAACUGGGCGACUCGGGCAGCAGCAGCCCCUCCUUCCAGCCAAUCAGGAGUCAGAUUCCCAUCCCCACCGCCCAUGUCAUGCCCUCUACGGCCCACAACCCCUCCCAGCGACCCCCCGACACCCGAUCCAGCUCCUCCAGCUCCAAGUCCUCCCUGUCCAAGUCGGCCUCCUCUCCCAACCUGGAGGCGCAGGACGGGGGCGGAGUCAAGCAGGACUGCCUGAGCCGCUACCGCAGCCUGGUCAACGGCCUGGACCACACCCUGUUCCCGGGCGCCGAUCAGAACCAGACCCGGCUGGACGAGGCCCAGCGGUUCGAGAUGCCCCCCCUGGAGCCCACUCUGAACCAGUCCGGGCUGCUGGGCGGCUUCGGGCCCGACGUCAGGAUGAAGCCGCACGUGACCGGGAUUGGCGAGGGAGCCGAGUGCAGAGCCGACGCCUUCCACGCCGCUCUGGAUCAGACCUACAGGGUUCUGCCUGAGGCUAGAGCGGGCGCGGCGUGUUCCUCGGACCCGUACGCCAAGACGAAAGCGCGCUCUGGGGAGGAGAUGGCCGACUGGCAGCAGAAGUUUGAGAGUCUGAGGAUGCAGGUGGAGCAAAUGCAGUUAUUAGCAGGUCAGGGUGGACAGUAUUCGUCUCUGUACCCGUCGGAGAGCUGCAAAUGGGACACGGUGAUGAAGGCCAACGAGAGUCUGUUGAAGGAGAAGGAGCUCAUCAUCGAGAGGCAGAAGCAGCAGCUGUAUCAGCUGGAACAGCGUCUCCGUGAGAGCGAGGUGCAGAUCCACGGAGCCCUGAUGGGACGCGGAGCUCCGCUGAUGGACGUCUGUCUGCUCAGGCUGCAGGAGGCGCAGCGGGAGAACACCUUCCUGCGGGCGCAGUUCGCCGAGCGCAGCGACUCUUUGACUCAGGAGAAGCAGGAGGCCGAGCGGCGUCUGGGCGGCGUGGAGGCCGAGACCCAGCGUCUGAGCGAGAGUCUGAGGGAGGGCGCGGAGAGACACGCCGAGGAGCUGAAGAAGCAGGAGGAGAGGAUCCGCAACCGAGACAAACACAUCGGCAACCUGAAGAAGAAAUGUCAGAAGGAAGCCGAGCAGAACCGAGAGAAACAGCAGCGCAUCGAGACCCUGGAGCGCUACCUGGCCGAUCUUCCCACCAUGGAGGAUUACCAGAGCCAGAGGAAACAGCUGGAAGCCACAGAGCUGAAGGUAGAUGAACUGCAGGGUUUGGUGCAGGAACUGGAGGCUCAGCUGAAGGAGGCACGAUCAACCAAUCGGAAUAAAGACGCUCAACUAGAGGAACAAAAACAGAGGGAACGGGAACUGCUCGCUACCGUCAGCAGUUUGCAGGCCAGGGUUAAGGAAGGACUGGACGACGGAGCGAGGUUACCCUCUCUAGAUUUGGAGAAGCUGAAAGAGGAGAACGCGGCCCUGAAGGAGGAGCAGCAGAAACUCAAAAAGGUGGUCGAGAAGCAGCUGAGGAUGAUGGAACAGCUCGGCUCACAGAUCAGGAACGUACAGCAGCAGCUGUGUGAGGAGGAGAGCAGUAAUCAGGCUCUGAGAGACGAGUUGGACUCUAAAGAACAAGAGCGACUGCAGUUACACUCCGCGGUGAAAGAGCUGUCCGUGCAGAACCAGGAGCUGAUGGAGCAGAGUGUGUGUCUGCGUGAGCGGCUGCAGCUGGAGUCGGGGGUGUGUGACGUUCGACUCACUCAGCAGCUCCUCACUGAGAUGGCGUCGUGUCUGAGUGACCUGCGCUCGCUGUGUGGGGUCCUCACACACACCGCCCACGGGCGAGACCCCAACCUGUCCAUGCUGCUGGGGAUCAGCUCCCCCACUGUGCCGGGGCCGAGCGAAGACUGGUCGAAUCCCGCAGUUCUGCAGAAGAAACUACAGGAGGCGCUGCAGCUGCGCCGCGACGUGGAGGAGCUGCGGAACACCGUCUCGGACAGAUACGCUCAGGACAUGGGGGAGAACUGUACCACCCAGUAACCCAGAACCAGAACUGACAGAACUGGAGCCAUUAGAUCCAGAACCAGAACAACUACCAGCAGAAUUUUAACCACGUAUUAAAUAAAACAUAACAUGAGUGCACAGAACCAAACCCAGCAUUAACUAACCAGUUAUUAAUAGCAGAACUCCAUUAACCAGUACAAGAAGAUCCAGUAGAAGCAAUACUAGGACCAGGAUGAAAUAAAACCAGCAGAACCAGAACUAAAGAACCAAACCCAGAGCUGGAACCAGGACUGCUGGAACCUUUGUAUUCAUCCUACAGCUACCACAGCAGGACACUAAGGGCUAAUAAAGCUAACGCUAAUGACACUACAGCCUCCUCACACACGGGCCUAUUUUUAUAUAACGGAAUGUAAAGAUUUAUUUUUCUAACCUGUUUAACCUUGUUUUUUUCCUCUGCAGUGCUAAUAUGCUAGUAUUGUAAAUGAACGCUAACGUUCCUGUGUAUUCGGGAACGGAUCUGAUGUGGUUGACAAUCAACUGAUUAAUAUUUAAGUAGGUUUUUUUGUGCUAUGCUAACACGAGGUAUAACGGACUGUGUGUUGUGGAGUGAGUUUAGGGUCGUUCAUCGUACGUGACGUGUUUGAGACGACCGGCGUGUCUGUAAUUACAGGUUUAACGUCGAUACGCCCCGUUUGUGGUGCACGUUUGGACAUUUUCAGACAUUCCAUCAGUGUGAUGCUGCGAGAUUAGAAUGUAUUGAUGACACUAUCCGGACAGUCCAUUAUUUAUAACUUUCGGUUAGAGGCGUCCAGACGCGCCAGGCCUCCUACAAAAUGAACGACUGACCUUUAUUAAGCUCUGCCGUGUUCGAGGGAGGGAGGGUUGGAUGGGGGUGUCUUCCACCACCUCUGUGAUCUGUGAUUUGUAAACUACAGAUGGGGCGGGGUCAUGUGGAGCUUAGCGUGAUGUCCCGAUGUCCUCAUUUUUGGGGUCUAAUGCACCAUUGAUUCGGAAGGGGGGCGGGGGUCAUGUGGAGCUUAGUGUGUCUCUCCAUAUGUGAUACGGUUAUGUGAGAGAACCCAACACAACACUGUCCGGUAAUAAGAAGCAGCUGCAUGUGUCUGAGGGAUCAUGUGGUGAUCAGGCUCUCAUUGAUCAGAUCAGGCUGUGCAAGCAGCACAGGAUUCACAAUGAGGAAUUGGAUAUGACUAAAUUGGACUAAAAUGGGUAGAGUGCACCUUUUCUCCACCAGCCUGUCGACUGAUGCGUUAGAUGGAAGGCUUUACUUAUACUUUACAGUAUUUUGUAAAUGUGAGAUGUUUGACCCUGUUCUCCUCCAGCUCGAUCCUUUACUUCAUGUGUCUGAGCAGCAGAUUCGAGUCUUCCGGUCACUUUUCUACUACAUUUAAUGUUUAUUUAUUAUUAAAGCUUCACUCUCAUGUUAAACAGUUACAUGUAAAGAUGUUCCUGAAUCAGUCGGAUAUCAUAAGCGUUUAUUUGGACCCUCAAGCUCGACUCGACACUAAAUGUUUGUAUUUUUGAUGUUUUUAUGCCUUUUAGAAAUAAAGAUUGUUCUCUUUAA